AUGGCUCCUAGACCCCAGUCACGCAACAUUGACACUGGUAAUCAAGCGCAAAGUUCAUCGAUUUCCGGUACGGAAGUGAGCAACCCAUCACCCAACCGAAGUGUUUCUGAUCUGCAAGCGUCUGCCCCAUCCUUCAACCCAUCACCGUCUCCCACAACACUCGGAGCCAACUACCCAUGGCUAAAUGACAUCCCGAGUCCCAAACCCAUACGCUCAUCUAAUCCCUACAACUUGGAAUCCUCAUACUCGCUACAGCCUAGCAAUGAGCUUGAUUGGCGACUUCGCCAAGAAGCGCUGCGGACCGCUGGCAUCGGGAGAAGAAUCACCAGGAAGGUGAAGUUGGUUCAGGGCGCCGUACUGAGUGCGGAGUAUCCGGUGCCUAGUGCGGUACAGAACGCUACGCAGGCAAAGUAUCGUAAUAAUCUAGAAACUGGUUUCGAUGAAUUUACGCAAAUGAGAUAUACUGCAGCCACUUGUGACCCCAACGAAUUCACCCUCAAAAAUGGGUAUAACUUGCGACCUACCAUGUACAAUCGCCAUACCGAGCUCAUGGUGUCAAUUACCGUGUACAACGAAGACAAAUGGCUACUUGCUCGGAGUCUCCAUUCCGUCAUGAUGAAUGUGCGAGAUAUCGUUAAUCUAAAGAGAUCGGAGUUCUGGAAUAAAGGAAGCGUUGCUUGGCAAAAAAUUGUCGUCUGCAUUAUUAUUGAUGGAAUUUUGGCUUGCGACAAGGGUAUCCUAGACACCUUAGCUACUCUAGGCGUCUAUCAGGAUGGUAUCAUGAAACGCGAUAUAGAUGGACGGGAAACGGUGGCCCAUAUCUUCGAGUAUACGACACAGUUGAGCGUAACAUCGAACCAACAACUCAUUCGUCCUCACGAUAACAGCCCAAGCACACUUCCUCCAGUACAAAUGAUCCUUUGCCUAAAAGGCCGCAAUAGUCGCAAGAUCAAUUCCCACAGAUGGCUUUUUACUGCCUUUGGAAGGAUCAUCAACCCAGAAGUCGUCGUCACCAUCGACGUGGGGACAAAACUGGAGCCAAGAGCUCUUCUGGGUAUGUGGGAGGCUUUCUAUAAUGAUAAAGAUCUUGGGGGAGCGUGUGGAGAAGUGUACUGUAUGCUUGGUAAAGGGUUAAAGAAUUUGUUGAACCCCUUGACAGCAGCGCAAAACUUCGAAUAUAAGAUCUCCUAUCAGCUCGAUCGUGCUCUAGAGGCUACUACAGGAUACAUAACUGUGCUUCCUGGCGCAUUUUCUGGAUUCAGGUUCCGCGCCAUCAUGGGAAGGCCAUUGGAGCAGUAUUUCCAUGGAGAUCACACUCUUGCCAAUAUCCUAGGGAAGAAGGGCAUUGAGGGAAUGGGCACGCUCGGAAAGAAUAUGUAUCUGGCCGAAGACAGAAUUAUAUGCCUAGAAACCUUCUUGAAGGCUGGUUCGAAAUGGCACCUUAGCUAUGUAAAGGCUGCAAAAGCAGAAACUGACCAUCCUGACGAUAUGGCAGAUUUCAUCUCCCAACGUCGAAGGUGGCUGAACGGUGCCUUUGCAGCAACACUAUAUUCUAUCCGGGCAUACCCUAGAGUCUUCAAGAGUGGACACAACAUAGGGCGUGUUGCACUGUUUCACCUACAGUUCUGCUACAACAUGGUUUCCUUCAUCCUGGCAUGGUUCACGCUUGCGGGCUACCUGCUCAGUCUGUUCAUAGUCAACGAAAUCUCCGGUGAUCCACCCCCAGGCACAAAAGCCAGCGGAUUUCCAUUCGGACACGCCACACCAAUAUUCAACGCGGUAUUGCAGGUCAUCUACGUCUCCACGAUUGCGUUGCAACUUCUCCUGGCACUAGGAUCUCGGCCACGCGCAGCACACAGAUCCUACAUUGCAUCUUUUGUUGUUUUCGGCGUCUCUCAGCUCUACUUCAUCAUGAACGUGAUUUACCUAUUCAAGAGAGUGGGAAAUAUACGAUUCAAGAGCUCCAACCCAGGGUCCAAAAACUUCGAGUAUAUCAACCAAUAUUUUUCCGACAUCGGCGAACUUACUAUCAUUGUCUCGGGCAUCGCGUCGUUUGGUGUCUAUAUAGUGGUUGGCUUCCUACACCUGGAUCCGUGGCAUCUCUUCACCUCAUAUGCUCAAUACCUGCUCGUCCUCUCAUCCUACACGAACAUACUGAGUGUAUACGCCUUCAGCAACUUCAAUGACCACUCCUGGGGCCAGAAGGGGCGGGCUCCCGAGCUAGAACCCCUCAAUAUUUUUACUUCUUCCAAGUCGAUGCCUGAUUCACAAAAGAACGCCGUCAUUGAAGAACCUGAGCUGCCUCAAAAAGAUAUAGACAGUCAAUUUGAGGCCUGUGUCAAGCGAACCCUCGCGCCACACGUUCCACCUGCAAGAAACAGGUCAAAGACCCUAGAUGAUGAAGCUAAGAUGUUUCGGUUGCGUUUAGUCGGGUUAUACAUAUUUUCCAAUUUCUUUCUUUGCAUUUUCGUCUUGAAUGACAGUUUCAAAAGCCUACACUGGCUCGGCGAUUCUUACUGGCACAAGGUUUGGUUCUUCAGAAUCUGGCUGUGGGCAAACGCUGUUUGCCUUUAUUUUCGGUUUGUUGGAUCGUGUAUAGAUCUAGCAAAAAAGUUUCUCUUUUUUUGCGUUAGACGAAGGUGAUAAUUCAG